AUGGGUAAAGCCGGAAAAGGUACAGGUUCUUUUGGUAAGAGGAAUGGAAAAACACAUUUCUUAUGUUUAAGAUGUGGAAAGAGAAGUUACCAUUUACAAAAAAAAAAAUGUGCUUCUUGUGGAUAUCCAAGUGCCAAGAAAAGAAGAUUUAACUGGUCUGUAAAAGCAAAAAGAAGAAACACAACAGGAACAGGAAGAUGUAGAUAUAUAAAAACAUUAAGAAGAAAAUUAAAAAACAAAUUUACAGAAGGAAGUACUCCAAAACCAAAACAAAGAUAA